GGCCCACGCCCCGGAGGCAGCCGCUCCAGCCCCAGGCCGCCGACCCCGCGUCCCGAGCUCCGCGGCACCAUGGCCCAGAAGCUGCUGCUGCUCCUCUGCCUGUUCUCGGGCUUGCACGCGCGGUCCAGAAAGGUGGAAGAGGAUGAAUAUGAAGAUUCAUCUUCAAAUCAAAAGUGGGUCUUGGCUCCCAAAUCCCAAGACACGGACGUGACUCUUAUUCUAAACAAGUUGCUAAGAGAAUAUGAUAAGAAGCUGAGACCAGACAUUGGAAUAAAACCAACUGUAAUUGAUGUCGACAUCUACGUUAACAGCAUUGGUCCUGUGUCAUCAAUAAACAUGGAGUACCAAAUUGAUAUAUUUUUUGCUCAGACGUGGACUGACAGCCGCCUUCGAUUCAACAGCACAAUGAAAAUACUUACUUUAAACAGCAACAUGGUGGGGUUGAUAUGGAUUCCGGAUACCAUCUUCCGCAAUUCUAAGACGGCAGAGGCCCACUGGAUCACCACUCCCAAUCAGCUCCUCAGAAUAUGGAAUGAUGGGAAAAUCCUGUACACUUUACGGCUCACCAUCAAUGCAGAGUGCCAGCUACAGCUGCACAACUUCCCCAUGGACGAGCACUCCUGCCCGCUGAUCUUCUCCAGCUAUGGCUACCCCAAAGAAGAAAUGAUUUAUAGAUGGCGAAAAAAUUCAGUUGAGGCAGCUGAUCAGAAAUCAUGGCGGCUUUAUCAGUUUGACUUCAUGGGCCUCAGAAAUACCACAGAAAUUGUGACAACAUCUGCAGGUGAUUAUGUUGUCAUGACAAUAUACUUUGAAUUGAGCAGAAGAAUGGGAUAUUUCACUAUUCAAACAUACAUUCCCUGUAUACUGACUGUGGUUUUGUCUUGGGUGUCCUUUUGGAUCAAAAAAGAUGCUACACCAGCAAGAACAGCAUUAGGCAUCACCACAGUGCUAACCAUGACCACCCUCAGCACCAUCGCCAGGAAGUCCCUGCCCCGAGUGUCCUACGUGACCGCCAUGGACCUCUUUGUGACCGUGUGCUUCUUAUUUGUCUUUGCCGCGCUGAUGGAGUAUGCCACCCUCAACUACUACUCGAGCUGUAGAAAGCCAGCCACCACUAAAAAGAAAACAUCAUUAUUACAUCCAGAUUCCUCAAGAUGGAUUCAUGAGCGAAUAAGCCUACAAGCUCCCUCUAACUAUUCUCUCCUGGAUAUGAGACCGCCACCGCCGGAGAUGAUCACUUUGAACAAGUCCGUGUACUGGCAGGAAUUUGAAGACCCCUGUGUCUAUGAGUGUCUGGAUGGCAAAGACUGUCAGAGUUUCUUCUGUUGCUAUGAAGAAUGCAAAUCAGGAUCUUGGAGAAAAGGGCGCAUUCACAUAGACAUCUUAGAGCUGGACUCCUACUCCCGGGUCUUUUUCCCUACAUCCUUUCUGCUCUUUAACUUGGUCUAUUGGGUGGGGUACCUGUAUCUCUAAAUGUAGUUUCAGUGACGAGUAAAGAGUGCUAGGUUCCCCCCUUUACUUUCGGCCUCCCCAGACCCGUAGUGACCAGAGUAACAAAGAAGGACAUUGUUCGGUUUAUCUGAAGUUUUAUGUACCUUUCAGCAGCACAGGAGUAUGUGACAAAUAUUUCUAUUCCAUGUUUCACACAUGUGUGUGCGUACAGACACCACACACACACAAUUUAAUUGAGUUUUUUAAGUGAUAUUCUUGCUAACCCCCUAUUGAAUCUGUAGCUUGGUGAUGUUUACAAAUUGUGUUUGGAUAUUGGAAGUAGAUGCCAAUUAUCUUUGCAAAGAAAUCUGUAGAACAUGAGAGCAAAUGUGGGAGAAGCUCUCUCAGGCCGGACCUCUAGGUAUCUACCCUUUGCAGCCGUUGGCACAUGUCCACAGGUUCAAGUCCCUGCUGGCUGAGACACACUGUGUGGACCUCAGCCCUGAGUUUCUGGGGUGUUCUGAGUUCAGGUGUAACCUUUGACCCAGUUUCCUCUUUCUGUGGCCUCUGACGCUGGCACCAUCAUCAUUAACUGGCAUUCCUUUACCUGAUGACCUCACUCAGCAUAGGGUGGAUGCACAAGUAUCAUCCGCAAGUUGGUAAGUGAGGGAAAACUGAGUUUUAAAAUUCUCACAGGUUUGGUGUUGAUUACACUUGAUCAGGCUUUAUUGCUUUAGUCCAAAUUAGUGAAAUCAGGCAGGGAUUUAGGGUGUUAGGGUUCUUGGACUAGUUCAGCUUUCAUUCAAAAUCAUAACCUUAAGAAUUGGUUUUUUUUUUACCAGGCAAGGCUCAGCCUCAGAGUAUGUGACUUGCUUGUGCUACAUUACGAUAUUAUGAAUUUAAUGUUAUCUUCAUGCAAGCAAAAAAAAAAAAAAAGAUACAGAUUUCACCUUUGUCUUGAAAGUGUAUUCUAGAGUGUGAAGGAAAUGUGGCUAGAAUUUAAAAUUUCUUAGUAAAUCUUAAUUUUCACAUGAAAUCGACUUUAGAUGCAAAAAAAAAGUGAGUGAUAACUAUCAUCAAUGAUAUUUUUGAUGAACAAAAAUUAUUUUAUACUUUGAAAUAUGAAUAAGUAGGAAAAUUCCAAAGAACAUAAUCCCCUGAAAUUAUUACACUUUUGAUAUUUUUAUAAACACAAAAAUAACUUGCUUCUUGAUGUUAGUUCUUUGUUACAAGUGGAUGCCACUAUGUACUUCACAAGACUCUCCAGAAGCUUCCCACUAUUGACAGAAUAAAGAAAGUCCUAACAAUUCACUGACAAUGCAUUGGCAUUAUUAAAAUUUUGGUACUAAAUUUUGAUACCAGAAUCUUUGUGCUACUCAUCUUUCUCACCCAGAAAACUUAAUCGAUUUUCUUGGGAACCAUAAUAUUUUAUUUUAACAAUAGAUGAUAUAUGCCAUUAUUAUUUAGAAAGUAAAUAGAACAUUAUGCAAAGCAAUAUGUCAAAGCGUUGAUUUCACAUAAUUUGUAGAAUGCACAUCAGACAUAAAAGGAGAUGGGGUAGAAGAGAACAGCUGAGAUUAGAUGGAAUUGGAUGUUAACUCUUAGUAGUAGUAUUGCCUCCAAGGAAAUGCCAGACACAGGUCAUCACCCACUUUUCAAGGACUGAUUCUGUGUAGUGUGAGACUCCCAGCCCUGUCAACUCCCUGACUUUUGAGUUGGUAGCUGUUACAGUGAGCCACAAGCUGACUGACUUCUAUUGAGCGAAUGCAAUUUAAGUUAAAAUUAUAAUAAAUAUUUGUGUAGAAACAGGUUGAACCUACUGGCUUAAAUGAAAUUUCUUCUCUAUUGAAGAAUUUCCCCUACCUGCAUCCUCUCAUCGAUAAACACCCCUCCCACCCUCAGCAGAGAUGGCAGAGGGGCUCCCUGACAGAAGCGUGUCACAGCCCACACUACAGCACUAGUCCUGAGGAGAGGUGGCCCUGGUUUGCCUUCUUCAGACACAGUUCCUAACUUCAUGAAUUUCAAUUUCUAACAACGAAGAUUUUCAACCUGUUACAUCGUGAAAGAAAUACCAGAGAGACCUGAGUUUUCCAGUGUAAUUCUUCUUGGCAAGAAAUAAGCUAAAACAUGGAGACUUGGUGCAAUUUUACUCAGCUUUUUUUUUUUUU